GGCCAUUUGCGUAGCUAAGUCUGCAGAAAAGACGUCACAAGAUCUACGAUACUCGACAUACAUCGCUUGUUGCAAAUACUUAAUCUUAAUUCAGAUACCACGAAUAGUCCUCGCUCAACAACGCCAAGCCAGCCCCAUUGUAAUCAUAACACAACAGUCGCACCAAGCUCCCCAAGGUUCAAACCCCGACGUCAGUUCAGACGAUGGCUCCUGCACACAUUGUAUGGUAAGGUCAACGCGAUGAGAUUUGAUGCGGAGCAAGGCUUGCCACUCAUAUGACACUGGCACGCUUGUCAAGGCCGACUGUUGGUUUGCCUGGGUCUGGCUCUGGAUUGUUGCCCUGUGCAGAGCCGACUGUUGGUUUGCCUGGGUCUGGCUCUGGAUUGUUGCCCUGUGCAGAGGCCGACUGUUGGUUUGCCUGGGUCUGGCUCUGGAUUGUUGCCCUGCGCACAGAGGUCGACUAUUGGUUUUCCUGGGUCUGGCUCUGGAUUGUUUCCCUGCGCACAUUGUAUCGGCACGCUUGCUAAGAUCGAUAUCUCUUAUGAUUGCAUAGAGUUCUGAUGCACCAUAGUUGCCCUGCGCACGUUG